UCUGGCGCCGCACCAAUGGUGGUGUUGAAACAUUAUGGGGCGGGCCAUUGAAGACUGGCGGGGAUAUUCGAGCCUUCCAAAUGACGACGGAGGUAGCAACGAAACUAGGAACGGAUUAUAAUUACAUCAAAUGUCAUGCGUUAAGAGUAAUAUAGUUUAACCAUUUAGCUUGUCAUGGUAACUCACGAAGUUUGACACUGUCAAGGAUCGUUUUGGUAAAACGCGAUUUUCCAAGUGCUUUUCAAAUGGAGGCGAUGGAGGUGGACUUGCAGCUGGGGGUCCCCAGGAGGGAACCAGAACCAGAUGCUAUGGCAGGCAAUGUGGAGCUCCCUAUCAUCAUCCCUGACUCUGGCAGCGAAACUGAGGUUGAGGACGAGGCAGACGCGGCUCCCCUAGACCCGCCACGACUCCCGACCACCUGGGCGUUCAGUCAGAACCGAAUCAGAGUGGAGGGUCAAGUUGGGCCCAGGAUCAGAAUGGAGGGUCAUAUUGGGCCCAGCGUCACUACAGCAGCAGCCCUGAGGCAGCGGAGAGCCAGGCCAGGCGUCAGGGCGCUCUACCCCACCCAGACCUCUCCCUCUGCUAGCCGCUUCCUAGAUUUCCUGCUGCGAGUCCCUGCAGCCAACCCUGACUCUGGCAAUACCACUGAGUCGAGCGAGUCAGAGGAUGAGGCAGACCCCCACGACCCUGACGAACCUGCUGUUCCCUCCAGCCUAGGAAUUAACCCUCCUGUGGCAGCCACGCCACUGCAAGGCCUAAAUCCUUCAGAUUCUAAUGCAACCACAGUGGCUGCGAGGACAGAGACUGGAAAUCAAGUGAAUCCUGAGAGUGUAACAGCCCCAGUGGCCACCAGUGGUGCGGCUCUUCGUUCGUCCCAAGGAGAUGAGGGGGAGGGGGAGACCUGCUCUAUCUGCUUUGAGCCCUGGACCACGUCAGGGGAGCACCGCCUGGCCACCCUGCGCUGCGGACAUCUCUUCGGCUACACCUGCAUUGGCCGCUGGGUGAAGGGCCAGGGCCAGGGAGCCAAGUGUCCCCAGUGCAACAAGAAGGCCAAGCGCUCUGAUAUCGUCCUCCUGUACGCACGCAAGCUGAGGGCUGUGGACAACACAGAGCAGGAGAAUAUGAAGAGGUCAUUGGAGCAGGAGCAGUCAAUGCGUAGGAAUGCUGAACUAGAGUCAGCCCAGUGCCGGCUACAACUGCAGGUGAUGACAGACGAAUGUGGGAAACUACGCAAGCAGAUACAGGAGUUGAAGACACUGAUGGCCCAGCCUGGCUGUAGGCCCUCUAAGAACUCAGGGGCCUCUCUCUCCGGGCUCUCACAGAGACAGGACAGCACCCAGGGGGGCCACUACGUCUUCUCCAAGGCCGUGCUAGUGUCCCAGGCGGGGGGCUGCAGGGUGCUGUCCUACUGUGAACCCCUCAGCUGCCUGCUGGCCUCCCUUCCCUCCCCACACACCACCCUGGUGCCCGGCUACGGUGUGAAGAAGGUGAGUACGGUGAAUCUGAAGGCAUGCCAGUACGUUCCCAUCCAUGUCAAACAGAUCAGAGGCCUGGCAUUCAACAGACAAGCUGACAGCCUCCUGCUCUCUGCUGCCCUGGACAACACCAUCAAACUCACCAGUCUAAUGACCAACACAGUGGUGCAGACGUACAACACGGGUAAGCCAGUGUGGAGCUGUUGCUGGUGCCUGGACAACAACAACUAUGUGUACGCUGGUCUCAGUAACGGCUCUGUGCUGGUGUAUGACACCAGAGACACCAGCACACACGUCCAGGAGCUGCAGCCACUACGCUCUAGGUGUCCCGUGGCCUCCCUGUCCUACGUGCCUCGCGCCUCCUCCAGCUCGUUCCCGUGUGGCGGCCUCAUCGCAGGUUCUCUGGAGGGGGGCUGCUUCUGGGAGCAGGUGGACAGCACCACUUACAGACCCCACAUUUUGCCCCUGGAGACAGGAGGCUGCACAGACAUCCAGGUGGAGCCAGAGAGCAGACACUGUCUUGUCACCUACAGACCAGGGCGCUCCAACCCGUCUCUGCGUUGUGUUCUGAUGGAGCUGAACAGGACUCUACAGCAGGAUGUGGCCCAGGAGCCCUUGUGUUCCUGCUACCCUGUCCAGACCUUCAGCGCCGGCUCUUCUUGCAAAGUGCUCACCAAGAACGCUGUGUUCAGAAGCCCGGCCGGGAAGGGCUCCACUUUGGUCUGUGCCGGGGACGAGUCCACUAACUCCACCAUGGUGUGGGAUGCAGGGAGUGGAUCCCUGAUUCAGAAGUUGCCUGCUGACCUCCCAGUGUUGGACAUCUGCCCGUUUGAGGUGAAUCAGGGCAGUUACCUGGCCUCGCUCACUGAGAAGAUGCUCAAAAUCUACAAGUGGGAAUAAGGAGAGAUUAUGGAAAACACACACACCAUCAGCAUAGAGCAUGUAUGAGUAGCGCAGCUGCUGCACUGUAUAAAUGGCAUCCAUUUAAAACAGCCUUUUCUUAGACUACAGAGGAGCCUUUGUUGGGUAUGCUCAGUGGAGGGACUGGAGAGAUAUCACACUGCUGCACUGUUAUCAACAAACUGAUAGCUGGAGUGCCAGUACAGCUACACCACUGUCCUAAAUGUUUACAUUUGAGGAUAACUGAAAACAUCCCAUCAAAAUGAACAAAAAUGACACAGCAGAUAUUGUACAGCAAGACAAGGGUUUCCUACCCACUCACCACUACCCAGCGUUUUGCUCUGUAGCUUUUCCUCUGGAUGUGAAGAUGAAUCUGUUUUUGUCAGCCAUGCUGCUGAUGUUUGUUUUAAUUUUGCAAUGUUGUGUUUCUUCACUGGGCCAUGUUCAGCUGCCAAACGUUCUUGAACGUUGCAGAUAGAAAUUCCAUGAAUAGAGCCGAUGUGAGUCCUUACUGUACAUAUCAGAGGCAUGUUUGAGCUACAUUGCUUAUUUCUAUCUGAAUGUUACAAAAUGUUAAAUCCUGCUGAAUGUGCUCCUGGUCUUAGGCUGCGUUUACACAGGCAGCCCAAUUGUGUGGCACGUUCAACAGGAUUGAACGUUUUGUAACGUUUAGAUAGGAAAGCUAUGUAGAUUAAACAUGUCUCUCUGAUAUGUAGAAUAAGGAAUGCCAUAGGCUCUAAAUUACAUUUUCUAUCUGCAACGUUCGAGAAAGUUUGGCAACUGAACGUGGCCUUAAUCUUUGUUCCACUAAUUGGUCAAAAGCCCAAUCAUAUCAGAUCUUUUCCUAUCUUUUUCAGAGUUGAUCUGGUUGGUCAAAAUACACAUUUAGUGAAGAAAAUAUCAGAAAUGGGCUGCCUGUCUAAACGAAAUCUUUGAGAUGGAUCCAUGGAUGAAAAUCAGGACAUCUAUAAAAUCUUAAUGUACUAAAAAUUAUUUGCUUAUUUUAGAUCCAGAGGAAAUGAUAUAUACAUGUAUAUUUUUUACCAAAUGUUUAUACAAUUUCAAAUGUAAUAAAAUAUAAAUAAUUGGUUAUUGUUCAUCCUGAUGUAGGUUGGGGUGAUAUCCAGUGUCUAAACUUUAUACUGACCUUGUGCCAUACCAGGAUAGUUUGUAAUACUGACACUGAACACAAGGGGCGCUGUUUUCAAACCCCACUGAUGGGCUGUACCAAAGGUUAGCAAUGCUAACAAGUACAUGUAAAAUACCAUAGAAAAUGCUAACAACCGCAUUGUGAACAUUUUGUACAGUUUCUGACCUACACUAUACAAGUAACUAAAAAUGCUACACAGUUUGCUGCAUGCACAAAACAGACUGACUUAAUAGUUAUAAGAUGUUUAGUUGUGAGUUCCAUAUUGUAAUUACAUCACCUGGCGCAUGCUGCACAACAGUGAGUGAUACUCAAGGCUCUGGUCUCUCAUUGUGUGUUUGUAAACAAACACCACGUGACGUGACUGGGUACUACCUGUAAGCUUCAUAAUAAUGAGACAGGUGAGAUGAAGAAUGCAAUGUUCUUUAUCUCCUAACAUAUUGCACAAGUUGACUGCAGGUAUGUACUUAAAAAUAUUCACAUUUAUUAAAAAACGUAACUGUUUCAAUGGUAUUGGCGGUAUUGAAAAACCCUCCUGUGGAUUUUUCCAAAUACCCUGUUGUACGGUAUAUACAGUGUACUGCCCAAUACUAUCCUGGUGUGUGAUUCAUACUGCAGAUUGCUAGCUGCAAACGGUUAGCUAGCUCGCUAUUUUCAUAAAUCAUAUUUUUUCAAUAAUAAA